CAUUCUGCAGCAUCUGAUUGGAUUCCGAGUCACUACGGUAGUGAUGAAAGCACAGACCCUAUACUGCCGUUCCUGCUUUGCAAUUUAUCACCUCGCUGUUCCUUGACGACCCUUUCUGUCGCUCUUUUUCUCUCCAUGUUACUUUAUCUUCUCUUUUGAGCCCGCUGCUGUUGAGCAUGGUAAGCGCCAGUGUUACAGUCUAUACAGCGACCGUGAGCUACACUGGUACUGUUGCGCAUGAUCCAACCAUCAUACAAGCGCCUCAGUUACCCAACCCUCCUCCGGCCAAGCAGUUGUCGAUACAGUUGCAAAGCAGUACAUCUGCCGUCACCGGUAUAUCCAUUCCACAAAAAGGUUCUUUUUUUAGUUAUUCCAUUGAGUUUAGUGUCAUUACCAAGUCCUUUGGGUCGUGUAACACGCAAGAGACUGCCACAUUGGUUGACAGCCUUCUAGGUGGCGUCAUGAUAUCAAAAGAUGCGGGUGACAUUAAUGAUCCUACUCAAACACCUGCAUUGUUGUUUACUCCCAAAACUCUGUGCACACUGCCCAAUAUCUCGGCUCUGGGAAACGACCAUCCAGGCAUUCCAUUCAAUGACACGACUAAACUUCGACUUGAUAUUGGUAAAUUCGGGGAAACCACCCACGGCGGGAACCUUCUUGGGUCCAUGUUGGCAAUGAACCAUUCUGAGCGCCCCUCCACCUACCCACCAAGUGCCUACUUUAACGAACUUGGCUCAGUAGUUAAAGCCAUUGCGAAUAGCCCUAAUAUUCCUAGUCAUAACAACCUUGUUGCUCCUAGUGGCAUUGGUUCAUUUGUCAUACCUCAAGAUGUUUUUCCGGAUUUCUUGAACCACAACAGCGGAGCAAAGAUUGUGAUUGUUGCGCCUUAUCUUAACUUCACGAGUACUGCUAGACAAGCGGGAAUGCCUUUUUUAAUGUUUGAAUCUAACGCUGCGUCCUGCGGCGGAUUUCCUGGACUUAGCGACAGCUUUG